UCCGAAAGGCCUGGUUGGCGGCGGCCUCUCAUCGCGAGAAGCGCCCCGUAGGUGGCAUCUCAUACCUUCGCGUUGACGAAGGAGCUAGGGUUGAAGAACCAUAGCCGAGGAUACCAGCAACCAGCAUAAUAUCGUCUCCGUCGCCCCACCGUCUCAGUACUAAAGCAGUAUCGGCAACAGUAGCGAAGAAGAGGAGUUAGAACCGCAAGGCCCGAUGGAAGCAGAAUCAGGUGGACAGAUCGGCAGAGAUGCAAGAUCCCAAGUCCCAAACGAGUACCAGAUGGAGGAAGACAGAAUUCAAGAGAAGGUGAGAGCGUGCUAUGAGGAAGGUAUAUUGUCAACAAACAUAGAUCCAGGAGAAAUGGAAGUGAAUGGGAGGGAAGUCAAGUUCAUCUUGAACAGAUCCUUGGAUGAGGUUAAAGUCAAGUGGCUAAAAGGAAGAACGGUAACAGUCAUCUUUCGGGAUGGGGCUCGUUUCCUUCCGAAAAGAGUCAAGGAGGACGUGAUCAGAGCUUACGAGGACAUCUGGAUUAGCGAAGAUACUUUCAGUCCGGAGUUCAGACGUGGGCGCAUCAAAGUGGAGAGCCCUAACGUCGUCUCGUAUAUCCCAAGAGCACAAGCGAUAACCAACUGGAUGCUGGCAAAGAGUAGCGACUUUAUCGACUUAGCAAACGUCACUUAUCGUACGGAGUUCAAGCCGUGGAUGACUCGAGCUGAAGUACGGGAUUGCAGGAAGCUGGUGGACCUGAAUGUCUUUUGGGUGGUUGCAGUCGGGGUACCGUUGGAUGAAAUGUUGUUCAUCCACGUUCAUGUGGAACGCGCUAUUGGGAAGAUAAUUAAGGCACACCUCCCGGAAGCGGAUGCAAGCGAUAAUUAAGAUUUGAUGUUGAUCCAACAAAGAAAGACAACAUGA